GUUUAUUAAAGUUAUUAAAAUGUAUGUAUCGACACGGAAAUAAUUUUGAUUUUACUGCUAUUAAUUUAUUAAUGUGCGUUUGUGCGUUUGUCAGUUAAGGAGACGUCGUUUUAAAAUUUUUAAUAUUGCUUUUUCGAUCUGUAACAAUGUCUCUUGCUGUUUAAUUUGGCUGCUAGGUGGGAAUAACAUCCUUGUUUGAAUGGCAGCUUCCAAUGGAUUAUCUGAUGUGGAUAAUGAUGGACAGAAAAAGCUUGGCACAAGAGUGUUCAAAAAGAGUUGUCCAAAUAGCAAAAUUACAGUGUAUCUUGGUAAAAGAGAUUUUAUGGAUUAUCUAGAUCAUGUUGAACCUAUAGAUGGAGUCGUUCUGGUUGACCCAGAUUAUUUAAAGGACAGAAAGGUGUUUGCUCAAAUUUUGGCAGCAUUUCGAUAUGGUAGGGAAGAUUUAGAUGUUCUGGGUUUGACAUUUCGAAAGGAUCUGUUGCUGGCAACAAAACAAGUUUAUCCUCCACCACAUAGUAAACCACCAAGUCUAACCAGACUGCAAGAAAGACUAAUAAAAAAAUUAGGCCCUAAUGCUUUUCCAUUUUGUUUUGAAAUACCGACAUCGAGUCCAGCAUCAGUUACACUACAGCCUGCACCGGGUGAUACGGGGAAGCCCUGUGGUGUUGAUUAUGAGUUGAAAGCCUACGUCGCAUCUGAACCGGAUGAGAAACCUCACAGAAGAAAUUCAGUACAACUUGCCAUAAGGAAGUUGACCUUUGCUCCUGAACAACCUGCUCCUCAACCAAGUGCUGAGGCUGUCAAGGAGUUUCUCAUGUCAUCUGGCACCCUCAGAUUAGAAGCCACUCUUGAUAAAGAGAAAUAUUAUCACGGAGAAUCUAUCACUGUGAAUGUACUUGUGGAUAACAACGCUGGAAGAUCUGUUAAAAAAAUUAAAAUAUCUGUUCGACAGUACGCUGAUAUAUGCCUCUUUUCGACGGCGCAGUACAAGUGCAAUGUCGCAGAGAUAGACAGCGAAGAAGGCUUUCCAAUCCACCCAAGUCAGACAGGUUUCUGUAAAGUUUAUCAAUUGACACCAAUUUUAAGCAACAAUCGGGAUAAAAGGGGGCUAGCACUUGAUGGCAAGUUGAAGCACGAAGACACCAACUUGGCAUCAUCAACUAUUAUCACAUCCAACAGUCAAAAAGAAAAUCUCGGAAUAGUAGUCCAGUAUAAAGUAAAGGUCAGGCUGAUACUUGGUUUCACUUCCAGUGAUCUUUCAGUUGAGCUGCCCUUCACUUUAACCCAUCCGAAACCUAUUGAUGCAUCUCCUGUCGUCAGUCGACCACAAUCAUCCAACCAAAAAAGUGAAGGAGCUGAAGUUGUUGAGAAAAAUCUCAUCAACUUUGAUCAGGAUGAACCUAACUCGUGUGAUGACAUCAUAUUUGAAGAUUUUGCACGGCUUAGAUUAAAAGGUCAUGAGAAGGAAGCUACAGACGUUUGAUAAUAAUAAGUUCCAUUUUGUACGCUUUGUCAUUGUCAUCAAUCAUUUAUUGAUCACCUGUGUGCUGAGCCAAACUUCAAUCAACCUUCAUGCGAAACUACUAAAUUUUGUAUUCAAUAUAAAUGAUUAUCCAAGAGUAACUAUCAUGAUUAAAUUAUUAAAUGUCUUUUCACCAUCUGUUAAAAAUCAUGGCUGUUAACACUUAGGUUUUGACGUUUUGUUCAGUUUUAUUCAAUUUAAAAGAUAUAGUUGUAAAUUAUUUUACAUUGUUUUAUUUUUCAGUAUCUGCGUGAUCAAAAGCAAUUUAUGUUGAAUUUAAAUUUGUCUACAAAAUGAAAAUUUGUUUAAUUUGAAACCAAAAUAUUUCAAAAGAUA